GCAAAUAAAACUGAGAUGGUGUUAAACUUACACAAGAUACACAACGGUAGUAGCAAAUUGCACAGUACAGUUUAGCAUAAAGUCCAUAUACUUAAAAAGAAUAGACUUUGAAAAAUGCAUGAUCCCUGUUAGACUCCUCCUUGGCUUUGAUGAUACCCCCCACCCUCCCUCCAACAGAUGAAAAAAAAAAACUGUGAAUCUAUGCAACACAGUUUCCAGGGCUUGCCCCAGUGUAAAGUAAGCUGCGAGGAGAGCGGAGAAAGAGAGCGGGAGAGAAGGAGGGUUUGUGUUUCCACGAAGACGAGCGAGGAAGCCCCGCCAGGCCAGAACGGCAGCUGAACUUCAUUAGCGUCCCGUCAAAGAUCCGUAAUUCAGACCAGAUCUGGAACCUCUGGUUCGAUUCAGCGCCGUCUUCGGUACAUCGAUGAAUCCACAUCCUCACAAGUGCCCGCUUGCCUUUUUUUAAGCUGAGCAUGCUGCGCUUCUGAUGUGCUAGACGCAAGCGAAGAAGAGCAGUUGAACAAACUGUGGGGCUCUACGUGGCUUUUUAAAAAGGCUUUUUUAUCGUUCACUUUUGUGGGACUUGGGUGCUGUUCCAUCUCUCUCCAUCACUAGAGCCCUUCCAUAAAGACACCGGCACACGUCCUUCGGUGGAGGAGGCUUCUAGAGAAGAGCGUACACGCUGAGAAGCUAACGGUGCUAACGCCACAGUCGGACGGACCGAUACUUCCCUACAGCUCCAGAGCGUCCGGGAAAACGCUUCAGCCUUUUAUCUCUUCGCUGAUAAGAGGCGAGCACCGAGAGCUCGAGUUCGGAAACCGCCAGACCCAGGAGGAGCUACCCCCCGCAGCGCGCCCGUUAGCUUUCCCCCGUUAGCCGACCGCCAUGUCUCGCUGGGGCCGCAAGAACAAGAACACCAAAAUGCCGGAGGUGAUCCGCACCGUGACCGAGGGGCUCAAGUCGCUCUACCGCAAGAAGCUGCUGCCGCUCGAGCAGUACUACGGCUUCCACGACUUCCACUCGGCCAGCAUGGAGGACGCCGACUUCGACAACAAGCCCAUGGUGCUGGUGGUGGGACAGUACUCUACGGGGAAGACCACCUUCAUCAGGUACCUGCUGGAGCAGGACUUCCCCGGGAGCCGGGUGGGGCCGGAGCCCACCACCGACUGCUUCACCGCCAUCAUGCACGGCGACUCGGAGGGCCUGGUCCCCGGCAACGCCCUCAUCGUGGACCCCAACAAGCCCUUCCGCAAGCUCAACCCUUUCGGGAACACCUUCCUCAACCGGUUCCAGUGUGCCCACUUGCCCAAUCAGGUCCUGGAGAGCAUCAGCAUCAUCGACACCCCUGGAAUCCUGUCUGGAGCCAAGCAGAGAGUGAGCCGAGGGUACGACUUCCCCGCGGUGCUGAGCUGGUUCGCCGAGCGCGUGGACCGCAUCGUCCUGCUGUUCGACGCCCACAAGCUGGAGAUCUCGGACGAGUUCUCGCAGGCCAUCGGCGCUCUCCGCGGCAACGAGGACAAGCUGCGCGUGGUGCUGAACAAGGCCGACAUGGUGGGCACGCAGCAGCUGAUGCGCGUCUACGGCGCCCUCAUGUGGUCGCUGGGCAAGGUGUUCGGCACGCCCGAGGUGCUGCGCGUCUACAUCGGCUCCUUCUGGUCGCAGCCGCUGAUGGUGACCGACAACCGGCGGCUGUUCGAGCUGGAGGAGGAGGACCUCUUCGCCGACAUCCAGAACCUUCCGCGCAACUCCGCCCUGCGCAAGCUCAACGACCUGGUCAAGAGGGCGCGUCUUGUCAGGGUUCACGCUCACAUCAUCAGCUAUCUGAAGCAGGAGAUGCCCUCUGUCUUCCGGAAGGACAACAAGAAGAAGAACCUCAUCUACGAACUGCCCGUCAUCUUCUCCAAGAUCCAGCUGCAGCACAACAUCUCUCCCGGAGACUUCCCAGACUGUGCUAAGAUGCAGGAGAAGCUGGCCGUUCACGAUUUCAACAAAUUCAAGCCCCUGAAGCCCAACAUGAUGGCCGCUCUGGACGAGCUGCUGUCCACUGACAUCGCCAAGCUGAUGCCCCUGCUGAAGCAGGAGGAGAUGGACGCGGGGAUCCAGGCCGGCGUCCAGGGCGGGGCUUUCCUGGGGAGCCGGGGCGGGCCCUUCCUGGAGGGGGACCCCUUCGCCCCGAUGGAUGAGGACGGGGAGGGGAGUGACAUGGAGGACGAGGACUGGGUGGUGACCAAGGACAAGCCCAAGUACGACGAGAUCUUCUACAACCUGUCGCCCAACGAGGGCAAGCUGAGCGGCACCAAGGCCAAGGACUGGAUGGUGAGCACCAAGCUGCCCAACUCGGUGCUGGGCCGCAUCUGGAAGCUGUCGGACGUGGACCGCGACGGCAUGCUGGACGACGAGGAGUUCGCCCUGGCCAGCCACCUGAUCGAGGUGAAGCUGGACGGGCACGGGCUGCCCCCGGAGCUGCCCGCCCGCCUGGUGCCCCCCUCCAAGCGCCGGCACAAGGGCUCCGACGCGUAGACACUUCCUGCGGCCCCCGGGGGCCCCCGCCGGCCCUCCAGCAGCAUGUCCGUUACACAGCUGGGACUGCCAUCUUAAUUUUCUGUCUCCGUUACCCUCUUUAUCUGUCUCGCCCAGUCUGUCUGUCUGUCUGUCUCUGUGUCUGUCUGUCUGUCUCUGUGUCCGUCUGUCUCAUGUUCUCGUUACUUGCUGUGUUUGUGCAUCUGUUGCCCUUACUCUUUUCCCAAAUAGCUUUCUGCCUUUUUGUGAGUUACUCCUGCAUUUCUCUGUACACUAAAACAUAGAGAUUUUAUGACCUAAGCUCCCUGUAUUCCCAGCCCAAGUCGCUCUUUUUGAAUUUUCUAAAAUCUAUACUUCUCAUCCAAGCAUAUUAAACCACGGGCACGGCUAUCCCAUAUUCACUUAUUUUUCUCCCACAAAAACAAGGCAUCUAAUUCUGACAUAGUGUUGGGGGUUUGACUGACAACAGAGUCAACAACAGUAUUAUGCAUGGUCCAUUACCUAUAAUAUCGGUCCUCAUCAGAGCUGUAGCUACUUGCUAAGCAAAUAACUGAAGCCUUCUGCCCAUAGCGCUGUUCAGCCGAUUACUUUGUCGUUUUGGAGCCACGCAUCACGCUGACUGCCAGCCGGACAGUAUGUUUAUUCACGUGCGGCUUAAAAGCUCUUUGAAUAUUAAUUUUCAUUGUGGGUGCGCCUGAAAUAGCAGGAGCCGAACGUUGACUCGCCUUCACUCCCGUUCUAGCGCGCCUCGCACUCUCCGCGUGACAGCACUGUGUUCGGUUGUCCGCGCUUUCCUCUUUCGCUGCUGGUUCAAACAAAGCGUCUAUUUCAUUUGCGUUUCUUAUUUUAAUGUGCUUGCGUUUUUUUAUGAAGCCGAGAAAAAGUUGAGUUUCAUGAAUAAAGAUAGCAUUGUGCGCCUGCCCUGGAUAUUUUAUGAGAGCUUUUGAGUAAUGACACUGACUACUGUACACUGCCUCAUUGUCACCCAUGUUUUCACCAUCAUUAAUGGCCAAUAAAAACGUACUGGUGUAA